GCUAUAAAAGCUUGCGAUGUCCGUUCUUUCCACAACUGUUACUUGAAGCAAUGGCUGCUGGUUGGCUCUUGGUUGUUGCGGCGUAUGCUGUCUUGAUAGAUGGAGCCCUUUGUGCUACUCCUGGUGUUAAACGAGAUGAAUUCAAGGCUGGUCUUAAAAAAGCCGUUUACCCUGAUGGUGAUUCGCCGAGGAAGGCUUUUGAAGUGCUCCAUUCUCUGUUGAAGCUACAAAAUAAAGGUCAACGUUAUCGCCACUCAAACUACAAUGUGAGCAACACCCAGCAGCAGGAAAACGCGACCGCCCAACAGCAAAGCUACAACAUGAGCGGCAUCCAACUGCAUAGCGACAUGAGCGGCGGCCAUGAGCACCACGUCUUCAGUCCCAAACACCAUCGCUACAACAUUAGCAGCAGGCCCCACCAGCAGAACCAUAACGUGAGCAAUGACCAGCAGAGCUACAACAUGAGCACAGGACAACACAUCUUCAGCCACCAAAAGCCGAGUUACAACUUGAGCACUGGCCACCAGCAUGUCUUCAGCCACCAAAAGCAGCACUACAAUGCGAGCAGCCACCAACGAAAUGUCUCGAGUCCACACCAGCAGAGCUACAACAUGAGCGCAGGACAACACAAGGUCAACAGGGCCCAAAAGCCAAGCCACAACAUGAGCAGCAGCAGCAACCAACGGACCACUACCUUCAGCACCCAACGGCCGAGCGACACGAGCAGCGCCCAACAGAACGAGAACACAAUCGGUCACAACCAGAGUGAUGACGUGAGCGGCACCUAUUUGGGUGACUCCACAGAUGUUCUUCUUGUGAAUGUAUGAUGUGAGCUAUCAGAUGGCUGGGGAAUGAUUAAAAGCACGGAAAC